ACUGUAACAUCCCCCCUCUCCAUUCCCUAAUACUUACAAAACAUGACAACCUAAAUCUUUCAUGUCCUCUCCUUCAUCUCCCUGUCUCCUCAAUCUCUCCAACCUAAAAAAAAAAAUCCCCCACUCUUCUCUCUCUCUCUCAAAGAAACUCAGAUACACCUCAAGCAUGGAGAAUUCAGCUCAAGCGUACUUUAGCUACAAUUGACAGCCGAAACCCAACUCAUCAUCAUCAUCUUCCUCUUCUUCUCCUUCUUCCUUUUCUUCUCAAAGGCCAUCAUUACAUAGUAAGGGAAAAGAGCAACAUCGAAAAGGAAGCGAGAAAGGGAAAGCUCCCCCCCUAGGAAAAAGGGAGCAGAAAACACCCAAGAACGAAGUCUCCUUAUUUUUGCUUUUGUCCCCCCCUUUCUUCUCCACUAUCUUCGUCUCUUUUUGAAAAAAACCUCUCGCUUCUCUCUCUCUUUCUCUCUCUCGUUGCAAUUUGCCUGAUUUUGUGUAUGUAACAAAGAACUGAUGGAUCCAGCUUCUGCUCAUGGUCACUCCCUUCCACCACCCUUUCACACCAGAGACUUCCAGCUCCAACAACAGCAGCACCAGUUCCUGCACCAUCCGCCAAGCUCCGAGGACGAGAGGAGCGGCGGCAGCGGCUCCCUAAAGCGGGAGCGCGACGAAAGCAACGGUGACAACAACCCUAAGGGCGGUGAAUUUGGCAAGGACCAACUGCUGGGCGAUCAAGGCGGAGAGGGAGAGAUCACAAGGAGGCCCCGAGGGAGGCCGGCUGGAUCCAAGAACAAGCCGAAGCCCCCGAUCAUAAUCACCCGGGACAGCGCCAACGCACUCCGCACCCAUGUUAUGGAGAUCGCAGAUGGUUGCGACAUCGUCGAGAGCGUUGCCACCUUUGCGAGGCGGAGGCAGAGGGGGGUGUGCAUAAUGAGUGGAAGCGGGACUGUCACCAACGUCACCCUGAGGCAACCGGCCUCGCCUGGUGCGAUCGUGACUCUGCACGGCCGGUUCGAAAUCCUAUCCCUAGCUGGCUCGUUCCUGCCACCUCCAGCACCACCUGCGGCCUCGGGGCUGACCAUAUACUUGGCUGGCGGGCAAGGGCAGGUGGUUGGGGGGAGCGUCGUGGGGACACUCAUCGCCUCGGGGCCCGUCGUGAUCAUGGCAGCCUCAUUUAGCAAUGCUGCGUAUGAGAGGCUCCCUCUGGAGGAGGAUGAUGCGGGAAUUCAAGUCCAAGGAGGGAGCAUGGGGUCCCCAGGCAGCGGUGUCGGAGGGCAGACACCGCAGCAGCAGCAGCAGCCGCCACCGCAGCUCUUGGGAGAUCCGAACAACGCGGGGCUAUUUCACGGGUUGCCUCCAAAUCUCCUCAACUCGAUACAAAUGCCGUCCGAAGCUUACUGGUCUGGAGCUAGACCGCCUUACUAGUGCAAAAUUUCAGCCUAGGACUGAUUGGGUUUGAUGUGAAGAACCAUGUAAAUUGGGUGGUGAGGCGACUUGUGUGAAAUCUUCCGUUGAUGUUGCUCUUGAAUUGUAGGAUAUGAGGAACUUGGAUUUGAUAGAAUUUGUACUGCUGAAUGUGCCGAUCAAUUUGACAAUUUAUAUUUUGUUCC